UAUUCUACUUCAGAAAACAGAAAAUGGCGGAAUAUCAUAGCGCGGCGUCGGUCCAAUUUAUUUAGAUUUAGUAUUAUAUUAUUAAAGUCGAUAGUUUAAGAUUUCCCAUAGUAGGACUAACAGAAUAGUGUAAAUAAUAAAAUGGAGACUAAAGCAAUUGACGGCAUGUGCCGGUGUUGUGCUUCGUCAGGUAUUUUCAAAGACUUGUAUACGACGUUCAAUUGGAUGGGCGAAGACGAGAUUUAUGCAAAUAUGCUCCAAUAUUGUUUUGAUAUAACACUAUCGACCGCAGAUGAUCAGAACAAUGGUGGUAUAUGUGAGGUGUGCAUAACACAACUACGGAAUGCUGCCAACUUUAAAAAACAAGUACAAAAUACCGAGAUACAGUUCAAGAGGUUGCUAGAAGAAAAGGAUUUUAAUACUAAAGCGGUGAAAAUAGAAAUAUCAGAAAUGACGGAUUUAAUAGAUGAUGUAAUCAAUACAGAUAAUGAAAUGUCCGAUUCUGAUGGAGAGUUUACGUUAAACAUAAAACAAGAAAGUCCAGAACCUAAAGCAAAGAAGAGAACGAAAGCGACAAGUUCUCGAGCAACAGAUGAUGAUAUCGGAGAGACAUCAACUAAACGCACGGAUGGCGAACCUCCAAAACGCAGAAAGAGGACAAAGAAAGCUACAGAAAGCGCAACACCGGAGCGAAUCGAACAUAGAGUUAACUUAACAGCGAUACUACAACAUUCCAACGCGAGUCCGUUCCGGGAUAAAACGAUGAGGGGAUUCUCCUGUCUGUACUGCGCUAAGUACUUCCAGCGUAUAGAAGAUCUACGUAUACAUACAGCACAACAAACUGAAAAAGACAAAAUUAAUACAAUGAUCGACUACAAACUAAGUUACAAUCCAAUCAAAUUAGAUAUAACAGAUCUAAGUUGUACACUUUGUGGUACAAAUAUGAGAGAUCUCAAUGAAUUAAGGGAACAUUUAAGUAAUGUGCAUAAUAAAAUUAUAUAUAAAAAUAUAAAGGAUAUCAUACUCCCUUUCCGUUUGGAGAAUGGACAGAAUUUCACAUGCGUUAUAUGUUCUGUUGUACAUAUAUCUUUUAAGAAUUUAUACCAUCAUAUGAGUAGUCAUUACAGGAAUUAUUGCUGUAAGAAAUGCGGUGCGGGAUAUAUAACUAUAGCUGCGUUAAGGAAACACGGUAAAACACAUUAUCAAGGCAAUUUUCCUUGCGAUUAUUGUGAUAAAACAUAUACGUCGUUAACGAAGAAACGUAAUCACGAGAAAGGUGUUCAUACUGGCGGUUGGUUGAGGAACAAAUGUCCACAUUGUACAGAAAUAUUCGUCAGCUAUUAUGAUAGAAGUGAACAUUUAGUUAAAGUGCAUAACGAGACACCGGUAGUUUAUCCAUGUAAUGCAUGUAAUAGAACGUAUAAGAAGAAAUUUGAAUUAAAUCGUCAUAUAAAACAUCAUCAUUUGCAACAGAAGAAUUAUUUAUGUGACAAAUGUAAUGCGAAGUUUUUCUCUAAACGUGGCCUAGUUGACCAUAUGUUGAGGCAUACUGGGGCGGAAUUGUGCGCUUGUGAUGUUUGUGGUAGAUCUUUUUCGAGAGCUAGGACUUUGAGAGAGCAUAUGCGGACGCAUGAUGACGAUAAGAAGUUCCAAUGCGAAGUUUGUAAGAAGACUUUUAUGCAGAAAUGCAGUUUGAAAAGCCAUGUCCGUCUACAUCAAGACGAUCUCGAUAUAUUCAAAGAAUUUGACGAUGUUAAACAUUUAAUAGACAAUAGAGAAUUGACGUUGAAACAGAUUGCUGCUGAGAAUAAGAAGAAAGAAGAAGCGCAGAAGAUUAUAGAGCAGUUGUCGUAGUUUUAGAAGUUUAAAUGCCACCGGUUGGUUUUUAAUUCCGACAAUUAACGGAUUUAGACUUUUUAUUAGACAAUGACUCAUAGAAGUAUCUUUUUUUAAUAAUUUCUCUUGCAUUUGUAAUCUGUCGAAAACAUCGUUAAAUCAUAAAGAGGUAAUUUGCUUGUGUU